CUCCCUCUGUCUUUCUCUCCUUGAAAUGGAUAAAAGCAAAUAUUUAGAAGUCAUUUCUUCUGUAUUUGUUUGGGAUUUAUGCAAAUGACUCCAGACAGAUUAUUUUGGGAGCGCUGGACUCAUUUUGAGAUUGUGUGGGGAGAGCUGAAGAAUUGUGAGAUGAUACGCUCCAUGAAAUAGUUACCUGCAUGUGAUAGAGAGACAGAGAGAGAGAGAGAGCAAAAACUGCGGUUAUCGCAGCAGAAACAACCCUUUCUUUUCGCUGUAAGGAUUGCAUAGCAACAGUACAUCUCAAAGCCAGAGAAACAGAUGCAUAUCCUUGAGGAAGACCAAGGAAGAUGUGUCAAAGCUGACAUCAUAUCCACGGUUGAGUUCAACCCGACAGGAGAACUCCUGGCCACUGGGGACAAAGGUGGACGAGUGGUGGUCUUCCAGAGAGAACAGGAGAGUAAGAACCACCCUCACCGUCGGGGGGAGUACAAUGUUUACAGCACCUUUCAGAGCCACGAGCCCGAAUUUGACUACUUGAAAAGCCUAGAGAUUGAGGAGAAGAUCAACAAGAUCCGCUGGCUGCCUCAACAGAAUGCCGCCUAUUUCCUCCUGUCCACCAAUGAUAAAACAGUGAAACUAUGGAAGAUCAGUGAGCGAGACAAACGACCAGAGGGCUACAAUCUGAAGGAUGAAGAUGGCAGGAUACGCGACCCUACCACCAUCACAGCUCUGAGGGUGCCCGUGUUGAGACCCAUGGACUUGAUGGUGGAGGCAACACCUCGUCGCAUUUUCUCUAAUGCUCACACCUAUCACAUCAACUCCAUCUCGGUCAACAGCGACUACGAAACAUACAUGUCCACAGAUGACCUGAGGAUCAACCUGUGGAACUUGGAGAUCACAAACCGAAGCUUUAAUAUUGUGGACAUAAAGCCAGCCAACAUGGAAGAGUUGACAGAGGUGAUCACAGCGGCAGAGUUUCACCCUAACCAAUGCAACACGCUUGUCUACAGUAGCAGCAAGGGCUCCAUAAGAUUGUGCGACAUGAGAACCUCCGCACUUUGUGACAACCACUCUAAAAUAUUUGAGGAACCAGAAGACCCCAGUAAUCGCUCCUUCUUCUCAGAGAUCAUCUCCUCCAUCUCAGAUGUGAAAUUCAGCCACAGUGGACGCUACUUGAUGACUCGUGACUAUCUCACAGUGAAGGUGUGGGAUGUGAACAUGGAGAGCAAGCCUUUGGAAACAUACCAGGUCCAUGACUACCUUAGGAGUAAGCUAUGCUCUCUGUACGAAAACGACUGCAUCUUCGACAAGUUUGAAUGUGUCUGGAAUGGAACUGACAGUGUCCUAAUGACAGGCUCCUACAACAAUUUCUUCCGUAUGUUCGAUCGGAACACUAAGCGUGAUGUGACUCUCGAGGCCUCGCGGGAGAACAGCAAACCCAGAGCCAUCCUCAAGCCACGCAAAGUUUGUGUUGGCGGCAAGCGUCGGAAAGACGAAAUCAGUGUGGACAGUCUGGACUUCAGUAAGAAGAUCCUACACACCGCAUGGCACCCCUACGAGAACAUCAUUGCUGUGGCUGCCACCAACAACCUCUACAUAUUUCAGGACAAGGUCAACUAGCAUGUAGCUCUGAUGUCUCCAGUUAUCACAGCGACAAAAGGCGCCAUUUCUCUAGAUGGCUUGAGAGUGGAAAGGUUGGACUCACUAGCAUUGAACGUGAGAAACAUCUAGAUGAGCUUUGCCUUUACAGCAGAUUUGAUGCUGCACUGAAUCGAACUAAACGAAACUUGAAGGUGCGUCGCAAACCACGGACAAUGACACUGGCUGUUGGACUGCUUUUGUUUUUAAUUACUUCAAAUCUUCUUCCUCUCUGUAGGUUUAUUGGUUAUGCACAGCAAUACAGAGAGGAUCGUUUUACUUUUAAUGUAGCUGAUAGCCCUUUCACAUGACUCGUGUCAGGGUUUGACCGCUCUAACCGUCACGAGAAGCGUUGUAGAUGCCCUUCAUGGAAGGAUGUUGCUAGGUAGCAAGAAAGAGGAAAUGUACAAAAUGAAAAUAGUGAACGCAACCAAAAUGUGUUUAGUGUAGAAAAAAAGUCAUGCUUUGAAAGAAAGAAAAAACUUGAAUGUGU